UCUCUACCUAGUUAAUGGGCUGUAGAAGCUGUAAUAUUGGGAAUUUCCGCAUGAAAAUUUCACGCAAUAUUGCCGUAUUUGGGCUGAAGAACAACCCGAAGCCAAGAACAGCCAAUACAUCCAUUGAAAACAACCGUUGGGUGCGGCCUGUGGGCUGGAGAAGUCAUCGCACAUAUUUCUUCAAAGACGAGGCUGGCGCUAAUUUAACAGUGAAUGGCGAACGCUAUCGCGCCAUGAUAAACGACUUUUUGACCCCGGAUGCCGGAAAUUGGUUCCAUAAAAACGGCGCUACUUGCCAGGACCAGUGGAUUGGCCACCAAGAUUGUUUGAUAUCACACCUUUGGACUUUUGUUUGUGGAGGUAUGUAAAGUCUAAAUGCUUUGUAGAUAAGCCAGCUUCGAUUGAGGCAUUGGAAGCCAACAUUACUGAAUUUAUUCACGAGAUACCGACCGAAGUCCUCCAGAGAGUCGUUCGAAAUCGGUGUUUACGGAUGACAGAG